UGCACUUGCGCUCUUCCUUCCCUUCGUACAAUUUUGACUUUUAUAAAAAUACACCUGUCCUCAGUUUCCCCUUUAUAUAUAUAGCCCUCUCUUCACCUCCCAAACACUUAAUUCUUUUUCAUCACCCACCUCCCUCUACCACCACCAGAUAGUCUUGAACCCACCAACAAAACCCAUAUCGAAUUCAAUUCAACACCAAAGACUGAAAAUUUAGCUAAAUUAACACUUUGGGUAUUUCAGAUCUUUGAUGAAAUACCCUCACUGCUAUUCUCGGACUUCAAAUCCAGGCCAUGUCCAAUAUACCCACCUCUCUCUCUGAAAUCUGCUUAACUCUUUCUCGGCUCACCAUGUCUGAGCCAGACCCUUGGCCUUUUUCCUGAACCCAGCUCUCUCUCUCUCUCUCUAGCAAAAAACCCAAAUCAAAUCUCAACCCAAACUUCAAAACCCACAAGCCAAUUUCCCUCUUUUUUUUGCCAAUCAAUGGCUAAGAUUAGAGGAUUCAAGCUCGGAAAGCGCCUUUGCCGGGUCACCCGGUGGUUCUUAUUCCGUAAUACCCGAACCCGAACUGGAUACUCCAUGCUCAACCCGGCUUCUCCCCCUCCUUGCAGCAACAAACCCAUGUGCAAGCUGCUCACUUGGGGCCGGAAGUUGUCCGCCGGAGCCAAAUCUCUGUGCUGCCGCAAAUCUGGGUCGGGCUACAAACAGUUGGGUCAGAACCCGGUUGAGACAAGCAAGCCUGUGACGGUUCCAAAGGGACACCUGGCUCUGUACGUGGGCCAAAACGACGGCGACUUUCACCGAGUUUUGGUGCCCGUCAUUUACUUUAACCAUCCCCUCUUCAGCCGGCUUCUGAGAGAGGCCGAAAAAGAGUACGGGUUUCAGCACGAGGGAGGGAUCACCAUACCCUGCCCGAUCUCGGACUUCGAGAGCGUCAAGACCCGGAUCGCCGCCGGGUCGACUCAGCGCAGGCUGACGUGGAAGCGCAGCGCCUCCCAUUAAGGCAGGACAAUGAAGGAUGAUGAUGAUGAUGAUGAUGAUGACGAUAAUAUUCCAAAUUGAUAGUGAUGUCGUUAGAAAUUUUUGUGGAGUUUAGUGGUCUCACUUUGUUUUUACUUUUUUACCCUUUUUAAAUUUUUGGAAUUUUCUUUUUGUACUUUUUGGUACAUGUGUGGUAGCUUUUUAGAUGUAUAUUUAUACAAAGAAUAUGGAUGAACUUUUUCUCUUUUAAUUCUUGCAAGUGGGGAUUUAAUGUGGUUGAUAAUGAUCAUGAGGUGAUAAUGACAGUGAUUAUUUCUUGGGUUUUGAUGUGAAAUGCAUCAAAUGGUAAUAAAAAUGAUAAUGAUGUCAAGACUUUGACUACU